AUGGCGCUUACAUUGGCAGACGUAAAUAAACUGAUGAAUCAUGAAACUAUAUCGGAGAUCACCGCCAUGUCGAAAUUAAAUCCGUGUUGCUUGAGCAAAAUAAAGAAUGUGGCGAUGAAGAAACUAGCUCACACACAGUUAGUACUCACAGUGAAUAAUAAAAAUGUAAAUAAUAAUACAUCUUGUUCAGGGCUUUGCAAUAAGGAAAUAUUAACAAUACCAGUUUCUAUACCAAACACUCCGGUGUUAGCUCCAGCUUUCCACAAUGAUGAGCUUAAAUCCUUAGCCAAGAACCAGCCGUACAUCAGUAAUUCCCUAAACAUACCUGCAUUCGCAAAUGCUUUGCCAGCUAUUGUACCGAAUCCAGUUACAUUAUAUGGCCAACCCAUCUAUCCUCUUGCUGGGCCAGUAAUUCAACCUCUCGUUACACCAAUAAUCCCUCAAGUAGCCAUCCAACAAAAUGUUUCAAAUAUAUCGGAUGUGAGCAGUGAUUAUUAUGUUUCUGAACAGCAAGUGGCGGAUGCUAUGGAUAUAUAUAAUGACGAAACAUUUAUGCAAGACAAAUUAUAUGAAGAGCUGGAACCAACAAAUGCUGGUCAUCAAAUGGAUACUAGUUGCAAAGAAGGAGUUGGCGACCCUCUCGAAGUGUAUUUAAGUCUGCCAAAGACAAUAUUUCCAAGUGCCAAUAUGCUUGCUAUUGAUCCAAAUCCAAUUAUAGAUGAAUUUUGUAAAAUGCCUAAUAUGCAGCGUCAUGCACCGUGGUUGUUGGACCUGGAAUUUGGUAUACCAAAAACUGUUGUAACUCGUCCUUUACCUGUUUAUAAUGUGAAAUUAAAUAGUAUUAAUUGCAAGAAUACUCCGGACGCUAUACACCCAGGCUUUGAGAGUUGUUAUCCAGAUUUUAAAAGGGUUAUACUAUUUUAUUAUGAUUGUGUGGUGUCAGCUUGGUACAGAGGAUAUAUGACGAUAACUUCAGAUAGGUCAGUGGAGAACUUUCAGAGCUGGUUGCUACUACCGAUGCAGGUUCUAGGGAUGUGUUGGCCUUAA